AUGUUGUUCGCUCUGAGACGUGCAGCGACCGAUGAGACGACUGCUUCAACCCUCCCAGAAAGUGAAGAAGGAACUAACACGUCGGCUCUUCCCGAAACCACUCCGGAAACUGAAGACAAAUCUACCGCAUCGCCACUUCCUGAAACAACACAAGAACCUGAUUCUCCCAAACCAAAGAAAUUCAUGUGUACUCCUGUCAUGUGUGUCCCGUGCAUUCCCUUCUGCCCCCAAGUCUUCCCUCCUUUCGUAGUCCCAGGAGUGCCUGUGGUACCAGGUCAACCGGUUGUACCAGGGCUUCCGGUUGUACCGGGACAACCGGUUGUGCCAGGGCUCCCGGUUGUGCCGGGACAACCGGUUGUACCGGGGCAGCCAAAUAACCCUGCUCAGCCAAACAACCCUGCUCAGCCUAAUAACCCUGCUCAGCCAAAUAACCCUGCUCAGCCAAAUAACCCUGCUCAGCCUAAUAACCCUGCAGCCAAAUAA